AUGGAAUUGUCAGAAGGUGUUAAUGCAGAAGAAUACCCCACUGAAAUUCAUGAUUAUCUUGCAGCAUUUGAAAAAUCUCUUGGUUCUGUAGAUGAGAUGCUGAAGACAAUGAUGUCAGUUUCCAGGAGUGACCUUCUCCAAAAGUUAGAGCCUCUUGAGCAAGCAAAGCUGGAUUUGGUUUCGGUGUACACGUUAAAUUCAAUGUUCUGGGUAUACUUGGCUACUCAGGGAAUCAAUCCAAAGGAACAUCCAGUGAAACAAGAACUGGAAAGAAUAAGAACAUACAUGAACAGGGUCAAAGAAAUAGCAGACAAGAAAAAGGCAUCCAAACUCGAUAAAGGAGCUGCUUCUAGAUUUGUAAGAAAUGCACUCUGGGAACCAAAUGCUGAAAAUGAACAUACCUCCAAAACUCCUGUUAAAGGAAAAAAGAGAAAGAUGGACUAAAUUUUUGUUUCUCCUUAUAUUGAGAAACUUAGAACUUAUGUCUAAAUGUGUUUUGCAUACUGUAUGCAUCUUGCAGAGGUGCUGUAUAGCAACAUCUUGAUUAAGUUAUACUUAAGAAUUUUACAGGAUUGUAUUUUGUCCAGAACACUUGUCACUGAGGAGAUUGCAUUAGAUGUGUAUCUGAAAGUGCCAUUUCAUGCAAGAGAAGUAAUGUUUCAUUAUUCAAAUGAUAAUGACCUGACAUACACUUGCUAAUAAUAGAUACUAGUGAUGUUUUGCUCAUAAUGCCUAAGAAUUCAAUU